AUGUUCGUACAAUACCACUCCCCACCUCAACCCUACACCGCCAAUCCCAAACCCCUCCCGCCUCUACACACCAACGUCCUAGCCGAAUCGGAAUCCUGCCUGCACUUCCCCGCCCCGACGAGUCCGCAGGAAGUGUAUCGAAGCCCACUACAACGACAUAUCCAAACAAUAUUUGGUGCAGAAGGAGGAGGAGGAGACUGGAACCAACAACACUACCAUCACAAAAUCCCCACCCAAUCCCACCCAUCAGGCCUCCCCCUCCCCAUCCCCCUCCGCCAAGAACAAAAACAGAAACACCAUGAAACCCACCGCCCCACCGCUGCUGCCCUCAACAAACCUGGCUUUGGCUUCCCCCUCGACCAGCAAAAGAAAGCAGAUCCACUGACACGAAAUCACAACAGUAAUGCCCGGAACCGGAACCAGCAGACCUCGGCUUUCCAACCGCAGCGAAGAGCCAAGGGGACGAAUAGUUGGCAGUUGAAGCAGUUCGCCGAGGCGACGUUGGGGAGCGAUAGUUUGAAGAAGGUGGUGCAGUUGCCUGAGGGGGAGGAUCGGGGGGAGUGGUUGGCUGUGAAUGUGGUCGACUUCUACAACCAACUCAACCUCCUCUACGGCGCCAUCACCGAAUUCUGCUCCCCUCACUCCUGCCCGGAAAUGAAAGCAACCGACGAAUUCGAAUACCUCUGGCACGACCCCCCCACCUACUCAAAACCCACCCGCCUUCCCGCACCCCAAUACAUCUCCCUCCUCCUAACCUGGACCAGCAACCACCUCAGCAACCCCUCCAUCUUCCCCACCCAACCCGGCGUCCCGUUCCCCGAAGGGUUUGAGAAGCAGAUCCGGGUGAUUUUUAAACGCUUGUAUCGCGUGUAUGCGCAUAUUUAUUGUCAUCAUUAUGGGGUUGUCCGCGGGUUGGGGUUGGAGGCGCAUUUGAAUACCGGGUUUAAGCAUUAUGUGCUUUUUGUCGAGGAGUUUGGGUUGGCGGGGGAUGAAGGGGGUGGGGUUAAAGGUGGGAAGGCGGGGAGGGGGGAGUGGUUUGGGCCGUUGGGGGAGUUGGUGGAGAGUAUGCUUAGGAGUGAGUGA